CACUCACUCACUCAGGUGCCGUCCGGUGCAGAGCCAAAUAGAGCUACAGCCUUCCAGCAAGAAAAACCCAAGACACAAAAAUCAAGAGGUCCAGCCAUGGAGGUGGCGAUGGUGGAGUGGUGGCCAUGGUUCGGAUCGGCGGUGGCGAGCACCAUCUUCCUAUGGUCCAUGGUGCAGAACCACAUCCCGGACGCCCUCCGCCUCAACCUCGCCGCUUUGGCCGCCAAGCUCACCGCCUACUUCAACCCUUACCUCCAGAUCACCAUCUCGGAGAACGGCGCCCAGCGCUGGAAGCGAAGCGAACUCUUCCUCGCCGUCGAGGCCUACCUGAGCGACGCAUGUGCCCGUCGCGCGCGCAGGCUCAAAGCUGAGCUCGGCAAGGACAGCAAGAACAUCCAGGUCUCCAUCGACGACCACGAGGGAGUCACCGAUGACUUCUCCGGCGCCACGCUCUGGUGGCACGCCUCCAAGCAGCGACCCAAGGCCAAUGUCAUCAGUUUGUACCCUGGCGAGGACGAGAAGCGCUUCUACCGGGUCACCUUCCAUAAGCGACACCACGACCUCAUCGUCGAUUCUUACCUGCCUUUCGUCCUCGGUGAGGGCCGCACCGUCAUUAUCAAGAACCGCCAGCGCCGCCUCUUCACCAACAAGGCCAGCGGCAGCUCGAGCCCUUACGGGGCCAAGAGCGCCUGGAGCCAUGUACCGUUCGAGCACCCGGCGACCUUCGACACCCUUGCCAUGAACCUGAAACAGAAGGAGGACGUCAUCGACGACCUCAUGGCAUUCCAAGAGAGCAAGGAGUACUAUGCUAAGGUCGGCAAGGCGUGGAAGCGCGGGUACCUCCUUUACGGCCCGCCCGGCACCGGCAAGUCCACUAUGAUAGCCGCCAUGGCCAACUUCCUCGACUACGACGUCUACGACCUCGAGCUCACGGCCAUCAACAACAACACCGAGUUGCGGAAGCUCUUCAUCGAGACGACGGGCAAGUCCAUCAUCGUCAUAGAGGACAUUGACUGCUCCGCUGACCUCACCGGAAAACGCCGCAAGGACAAGAAGGCCUCUCGCGACAAGGACUCCGAUGGCAACGACAAACCCAAGCUACCAAUCGAGCCAGAGAAGGAUGACGCGACCAAGGUGACGCUCUCUGGCCUGCUCAACUUCAUCGACGGGCUGUGGUCUGCGUGCGGCGGCGAGCGGAUCAUCAUCUUCACCACCAACUACAAGGAGAAGCUGGACCCGGCACUGAUCCGGCGGGGCAGGAUGGACAAGCACAUUGAGAUGUCUUACUGCCGCUUUGAGAGCUUCAAGGUACUCGCCAAGAACUACCUAGAUGUCGUCGGGCAUGAGCUGUUUGGGGAGAUUCAGCAGCUGCUCGAGGAGACCGACAUGUCGCCCGCUGACGUGGCGGAGAACCUGAUGCCCAUGUCCAAGAAGAAAAAGAGGGACCCUGACGUGUGCUUGGCAGGCCUCAUCGAGGCGCUCAAGCAGGCCAAAGAAGACGCGGCGGUCGCCAAGGCGAAGGAGGAAGAGAAGGCCAAGGAGGCUGAAGCGAAGAAAGCCAAGGAGAAAGAGGAGGCUGAAGUGAAGAAAGCCAAGGAGAAAGAGGAAGGGAAGGACAAAACAUCAGAGGAAGCCAUUGGAGACAACAUGCAAGCUGACAAGAUACAGGAGUAGAGUGAGCAUGUCCACUACAUGCUCCGUGACCAAGAGAUGCAGUGUUGGUUCAGAUAAGACAUAUAUCACUCAACUGAAAUAAAAUAAUGUAGCUUCCUUUUCUCAUUUGCUAAUUCACACAUGAAGCGACUGUUGUAAUGUUGCUAUAGGUAGAGUAAGUAGUACAAUACUACAUAAUCCCAACACUGUGUAUUUGUAAAUGCAGAACGAAACUUAGCUUGUUUGCAUAAGUACGCAUUUCCUCAUUUCUCUACGAAAGACAGCAGUCUGCCAGAAGUUGAAUUUA